UUUUUUUAUCAAAAAAAUAAAAUAAACAUGGAAAAAUAACGAAAAUUUUUAAAAAAUUCGCCCUCAUAUACUCUUAAUUCUGUCGGUAUUCUGUAAAAUUCUCGAAUAAUGUGAAAAUUCCAUCCAUUGUGUUGAAAUCUCCGCCACCAUUACAGACCAAAGUACUACCAAAAUGACGAAAGACAUCGCAGAUCGUUUUGAAGAUGCCCAAAAUCAAAUCCUAUUGAACGCCAUCAACUCACCCAACUACUUGAAUCGUGUCACCAUCGGUCCAUCAGCCAGCAACGCACCUUUCGAAUACUACGAUGAAUCUUGUUCUCCGCAACCCCAAGAUGUUCUCGAACCGCCGGAAGCAUCUUUUUCAAGCACACAAACCUCUAAUACAAUCUCUCAACAUAUUUCACCAGCCAGAGCUCUACACGAAUUGGAUAAUUUGAGAAAAGCCGGCGUAAAAGAUGAUGUUAAUCGUUUCGCGCAAAAAUUCACUAAUCUCGAGCUAGAGUUACAAGACAGAAUGCGCGAUGAAUUGCGAAUCUUGAGCGAUGAAAUGGAUACGAGAAAUACGUUGAAAAGAAAACUAACGGAAAUCAGCGUGAGCGAUGACGAUUUACCUAUAAGUAGACGCGUUUCUGCUCUUAUGGAUAAAUAUAAACAAGAAAAACAGAUGAACGAAGCUAAAAAGCAAGAAGAACUGGUGGAGAUCGAGAAUCGUCAUAGACAAGCUAUACAAGCAGCUUGUUUAGAGUAUAAAAAGAUUUACGAUAGUAUGGCAGAAGAAACGAAGAAAUGUAAAAAUCGUAACAAACUAGUCCUCAAAGUUCAAGACGAUUCAACUCCGUUGAAAGAAUUGAACGCUGCUUUCAACACUGUUUGCAAUAGAGCUAAAACCUCCGGUAUCAAACAGCAAGAUGUAGAAGCUUGUAAUAUGAUUUUACAACACUUCAAACAAUUAUCCAAUCGUAUCAAGGAGAAAAUAGCUGAGAUUGAUCUAGAAGAGCAACGAAUCGAAGAAGAAAAACAAAAGAAAGCAGUCGAAGAACAAAGAACUGAACCUGCUCCGGUCGAAGUUACACCUGUUGCAGAAACUUUAUCAACGACAGAUCAACGUAGCAUACUCGACAAAUGUAUCAACAAAGAAUGCCAUAAAUUUUACAUCGAAUGCGAAAAAAUCCUGAAUGAUUUUACCGAAAAAGUGCAACCGUUUAGGAAUAACAAAUCUUUAAAUAAGCUCAUUCUUAAAACAAAAGUAGACAUGAACACCUGUGUCAACGCUACUGCUUCCUUCACUCCGAGUCAUUUACGAGACAAGUUCGAUAAACUGUGCGUGCUGCUGCGUCGAAACCUGAGGUAUCAAUCGAACAUCGACGCUGCGAUGGCCGAACUCUAUUAUCCUUUCUGUGUAGUCGAUUUGACUAAAAAAUUCAUCGAUCAAGGCGACGGUCUAAUACCAACCAAACCAGAAUACGCGUUCGCUUUCGCAUCUUUGAUCCUCGCUCUAUGGGUGGAAUUUGAAAAUUUCGGUGAUCUCUUGCUGGGAAACUUCAUGAAGAAGUGUCCUUACACCAUACCAGCUUACUGGCCCCAAUUCAGCGACCAGACCGAUAAAGAAUAUUAUCUAAAACUGGGCUAUCGUUACAACGACGAUGGUGUCGUCGAAGACCAAAAUUCUUUUUUAAAACGAAUGACUGGAAUGUUAAUGCUAUACACUGCUAUCAUGAUAUCUGAACCUAGGCACGGUAAACCUCAUCCUCACGGUAUUCGUUUCGCUUGGAGAUGGUUAGCUGCUGCUUUGAAUCUGGAACCCAAUCCAGAUAUAACUGCUACGUUAUUACACGAGUUUUUAAAAUUAGCCGGUCAUAAAUUAAGUCAAUGCUACGGAGAACAGUUCUGGAAACUCAUUCGUUUGUUGAAUAGCGAAUAUUACGCCGAAAUUGAUAAAAUAACUCCGGAUUCCCUCAAAGGGCCAGUCAGCAGAUUAAAGAUAUUCGUAGAAGAUAGUCUGAAACGAGGCAGAUUCCCCGAACCGAAGGGUAUCCUCAGUCCUAAUUUCUGGUGAUCCAUAACCCUACGAUAUUUUACCACCUUUACUGUUCAAAUUCGUAUCCGAGUGUUUGUAAAUUCAAAUAUAUAUUUAAAAAUU